UCAUAGAAAUACAUGAGAGAAAAGGAGUGGUGAUUAGGCCUGUCUUUGCCUAAAAUUGUGUUUUUUAUAUGGUUGCAAGGCCUUUUGCGAUCUGUGCUCGAUAUAUGUGAGAGGUGUAGUGGUCCCACGUGUGUUGUAUCGUUAGUGGUGCUGAAAAACCUUGUUAAGUGACGAAAUUAACGCUGUAAACGUUGGCUAUGACGUUUACUACGGUGUUUUGUGUCUGUGUGAGUGAAUAAGCCAACAACGGCAAUGCCUGGCCGUUGGAGCGAAUCUCUAUAACGGAAUUGUAUGUGAAUGCUGCUUUCGAUUAGUCAGCAGCAAUGGAAAUUUCUAAAUACGGAGCGAAGGCGUGUUAAACUGAAACAACAAGAUGGCGUCGUUUUCGCGCCAAUUCACGCGCGGCGGGCGCCAUCUACCGUCGCCGGAAAACAUGAAUCAUUCAAAUUCGGAACGUUCGAAAUAGUCAUUUGUGAUUGGACAGUGACGGGGAAGUGUCGUGAUGUGAUAUAUAUUUUUUUAUCGUUUUUGUGUUGUGUUAAGUGUUUAGUGUAAGUGACAAUGUCAGAGGAGAGGUCGCGACGUUUGUCGCAGAUCUUUGACCCUCUCUCGCGGUUUACGGACCACAGUGGUGCGGGGCAUUCGGCUAGUACCCCGAACAGUCCUCGGUUAUUGCCGAGGAGGUCAAGGGACCCGCCGCCACCUCCGCCUAGGCCAAUCGCCCCCUCGUCCAGACUGGACCCACUGGAGUACGAGCUGGCUCCGGAGGUACCGUCCGUGAACUGGCAGGAGAGGUGCUUGGAGCUUCAGCUGGAACUGCACCGCAGCAGGCACCAGGCCACCAGGGUGCGCGACACGCUGCGAGAUAAGCUCUCGGAGCUGGAGCAACGGGUCCUGGAGGCCGAGGGGCGCGCUGAGGAAGCCGAGGACAAGGUCCGCGCCAUGGAGCAGAGGCUGUGCGAUUGGCCAACGGGCGCUGACGGGGCACCAAGAGCCAUAUCACGAUUAGAGGGGCAAAUAGAAGAACAGAAGCAGCUCAGACUCCAAGACGCGAAGCAGGUGGAAGCAAAGGCAGCCCGGAUCAAGGAGUGGGUGACCAACAAGCUCCGGGAACUGGAGCAGCAGAAUCAGCUGUUACGGGAACAAAACGACCGGUGUAACCAACAGUUGGAGUUGCUGAGGAACCAUAUAGCUUCUCAGGGUAGCAGGAAUUGUGCCUUUCUGCCCACUCGGGCAAGCCUCUCGCUGGAGGUGAGGAGCGAGGACGGGCCCUCGCGAGCCCCCUCCGGCCUCGCGGCCUCCAGCCGCCGGCGGUCCGAGAGCCUCGAAGGGCCCCAGCUCCCCAUCACAAACUCCGAGCCCCACUACAGCACGCCGGCGCGGCACCGACGGAACCUGUCCAUCGGCACCGCGACCCUCGCCGGCGCCGCCAGCCCGCCGGUCCACACCAUGAACAGAACCAUGGACGAACGCACCACGGCCAGUCUGUUAGCUGACGAUUUAGCGACGGCUGUAGAAAAAUUAGUGGUGCUGCCGACAACGCCAAACACAUCAACAGAUGGCGACACCACGCACGACUACGCUGAAAUAUACACGCCCAGUAGAGAGCGCACGCCAGCGUGGGCGACGGGCGCGGUGAGCGUGGUGGUGCAGGGGCAGGGGCAGGGGCAGGGACAGGGGCCGGGGCAGGGGCAGGGGCAGGGGCAGGGGCAGGGGCGCAGCCGCGGGGGCUCCUCCACCGGGGACUCCUGCGCGGACGACGCGCCGCGCCCGCCCACGCCGCCGCUGCACAGGUUCCCCAGCUGGGAGGCCAAGAUAUACCAGGUGGCGGACGACGGCCUCCAACAAUCAGUGGAGGAAGAACUGAGCCCCCCCCCGUGCCCCCGCCCGCUGCCCGACUCCACCAGCUACCAGGACAUAUCCGUACCAGUCUACGCUACUGUCAAAGGGCGCGCCAGUCAAAUCAGAUCGAUGCCGUUCACGGGCGACUCCUCGGACGACUCCUCGGACGGCGAGGAGACCAUGGGCGUCACGGUACACAACACGCCACAUCACAUACUUGCGCCGGCCAUCAACAACGUGAACCUGCCGGCCGCGCCCAGCUCCUCCGACACCAGCCUCAGCGCCAGCUCCCCCUCCAAGAGCGUCAAGACCAGCUCCAGCCUCAGCCCCGCCAAGCGCUGCAGCAGCGGCGACCCCGGCCGGCAGCCUCGCACCAGGGACACGUCGUUCGAGUCGGGCAUGUCGGACGACUACGCCAUCCCACCGGACGCGCGCUCGAGCGUCACCUCCCCCUCCCCCUCCCCCUCCCCGUCCGCCUCUGCCUCGCUCCCCGCGCCCGCGCCCGCGCCCGCGCGCGCGCCCCCCUCUGACUCACCGCGCAAGCUGGACGCGCUCGAGAAGAGCGGACAUCUGGCCAAGCUGGGCGGCAAGCUGAAGACCUGGAGGAAGAGAUGGUUCGUCCUAAAGAACGGCACCCUAUCGUACUGGAAGUCCCAGUCGGACGUGAGCCGCAAGCCCGCGGGUCAGCUGGCGCUGGGCGAGGCCUGCAAGAUCUCGCGGAACGAGGGCGCCGCCACCUUCGAGAUCUACACCGGCACCAGGACCUACUACCUCACCGCCGACAGCCAGGCCACCAUGGAGGACUGGAUCAGGGUUCUGCAGAACGUCCAACGACGCAACGCCACCAAGCUGCUGCUGAGCAAGGAACACAGCAAGCCCACGCUGCAGGGCUGGCUCACCAAGGUGAAGCACGGGCACGCGCGGCGCAGCUGGUGCGUGCUCAUCGGGAAGAUGUUCCUGUACUUCAGGGCGCCGGGAGACCAGAACCCCGUGGGACAGAUCAACAUGCGCGACGCGCGCGUGGAGGACGUGGAGCACGCGUCAGACUCAGACUCCGAGGACAAGGCUGACGACGUCGCCGCGCACCUCACCGUCGCCAUCUACCCCCAGCCGCAGCACCAGGGAACCGGGGGUCCGACGUACCUGCUGUUCGGCAACAAGGCGGACAAGGACUCGUGGCUGUACCACCUGACGGUGGUGAGCGGCGGCGGCCGCGGCUGCGGCACACACUUCGAGCAGCUCGUGCAGAAGCUCAUGGAGACCGACGGGGACCCCAAUUGCGUGCUGUGGCGGCACCCGACGUUGUUGUACUCCAAAGAGAACAUCACUUCGCCACUCACUUCGCUCAAUUCAGAGGCGCUGCAGGCUGAAGCUUUAAAGUUGUUUAAGUGCGUGCAGCUGUUCAUGUCCGUGGCGGUGGAGCAGGCGGGCAUCGACUACCACGUGGUGCUGGCGCAGAACGCGCUGCAGCAAUGUCUGGACGUGGCCGAGCUGCAGGCGGAGCUCAGCGCGGCGCUGUGUCGCCAGACGGCGCCGCAUGCGCCGCGCGCGGGCGUGCAGGUAACGCAGCAUCCGCACCAUCCUCAUCAUCCGCAGCACUCGCAGCACGCCCACGGAACCGCUAGGCUUAACGUUAAGGCCGCCAAGCUUAAGAAUCAACUGCUGCUGUGCGCGACGCAGUCGUUGUUCACUUGCGACUCGGGCGCCGCCUCCGUCGCCGGCGACCACAAGGCCGACGCCCAGCUCACCGCCGCGGGCUCGCCCAGCUCCGUACAGACGCCGCUGCUGUCAGUGGACUGCAAGAGCAACCCCCCGAGCUACAGCUUCGUGCAGGGCUGGCAGCUGCUGGCCCUGGCCGUCAGUCUGUUCGUGCCGCGCAACAACCGUCUGCUGUGGUACCUCAAGCUGCAUCUCACCAGGCACGCCGACUCCAAGACGGAGUGCGGCAAGUACGCGGCGUACUGCGCACGCGCGCUGGAGCGCACGAUCCGCAACGGCGCCCGUGAGGCCAAGCCCUCGCGCAUGGAGGUGCUCUCCAUCCUGCUUAAGAACCCCUACCACCACUGUCUGCCGCACGCCAUCCCCGUGCACAUGCUCAACAACACUUAUCAGGUGAUAAGCUUCGACGGGUCGACGACAGUGGAGGAGUUCCUGUCGACGCUGAGCGCGGAGCUGGGUUGCCGCGAGGCCGCCGCGUCCGGGUUCGCCUUGUUCAGCGACGACCCCAUCGAGAAGGACCUCGAACACUACAUCAAGCCGGACAAGAAGUUAUGCGACGUGAUAUCGAAGUGGGAGACGGCACUGCGCGAGAAGGGCUCGGGCAAGUUCGAGAACUCGCGCGUGAUCCGACUCACGUUCCGCAGCCGCUUGCACUUCCGCAGCUGCGUGCGCGCGGAGACCGACAGGGAGCGGCUGCUGCUCUGCUACCAGGUCAACCACCAAGUGGUGGCCGGCCGCUUCCCCGUGUCGCGACAGCUGGCGCUGGAGCUGGGCGCGCUGAUGGCGCAGCUGGAGCUGGGCGACCGCGCUGCGGCCGCUCAGCCGCUGGCGCACAGGUUCUACCCCUACAGAUACAGGGCUGGGCUGUCCAACGACGAGCUUAGGGAUGUGGAAGAGAAGCUCCGAUCGAAAUGGUCGGCGCUAAAAGGGCGGAGCACAGCGGACUGCGUGAGGAUAUACCUCAACUGCACGAGGAAGUGGCCCUUCUUCGGGGCCACGCUGUUCCAGGCGCGGAUAAAGCAGCCGGACCUGUCGCUGGCGUGGCUGGCGGUGUCGGAGGACGGCGUCACGGUGCUGGAGCUGGCGUCCAUGGCUGUGGUGCGCCGCUACCCGCUCUCCUCCAUCGGCCUCUUCGGGGGGCUCCAGGAUGAUCUAAUGAUGUUGAUCGAUGGCGACGAUGCAGCGAGUCCCGUCCACAAGAUGCUGAUUAGUCUCAAUAAGCCAAAAAUGGCGGAGCUCACGCACCUGAUAGCAGACUACAAGAACGCGCUGCUGCGUCCGGCGCUGUCGCGUCGCGCCUCGCAGCGCUCGCAGCACAAACACACGCACUCCCACCCCUCCCCCUCGCCCUCCCCCACCACCUACCCCUCCACUCUGCCGCACGCGCACCUCGCCCACUCGCACCACUCGCACCACACGCACCACACCACCGGACAUAACACCUUGAACUCUCACGCGACCACUAUGACGUUAGGCUCCGACCGAAACGCGACGCUGACACUGAGCUCCCACACCUCGACCUUCAACCCGCACGUAGAAGCGAGAGUGUUGUCUCACGGACAACCCGAUAUUUUGAAAUCGACCCCGGAUCAUCAUAGGAGUGAUAAGAAAAGAAGCCACGCGCAAGACAGUGGUGUAGCGUGAUCGUAAUUGUGAUUUUAUCGAUAGUGCGAUUGCGGACUCGAUACCAUUCCACCAAAAACACGACUCGAUUAAAUAUUAUACCUCAUAUUUUGUAGCGUCGGUGAAGCCUUGUCGGCUUGUAAUGUUAGGUUCGUUUAAUUUAUUUUCUACAGUGUGCUUAGUUUACAUGGGCUUAUUACUGUUCAACAUAAAAAUUGACAUCACCAACAAACUAAAUAUAUAAAGUAUGUAUAAAGUACAUACUUCAUACAUUCUACAUACAGAAAUAGUAUUCUCUUAAUUAGAAUUUAAUUUUUUUUUAUUUCCUAUCAUUUAUUUAUUAACUAAAGGUUUUAUAUUUCAUAUAUUCACUAAAGGUUUACUGAAUUAAUUAAAUGUAAUGCAGCGCCUGUUGAGACCAAGUCCAUGUCAACUGGACAUAGUUACGGUUGCUAAAUUAGAUUUUUCCAUGCGGCUUGUUAUACUGAUAGCGUGUGAAUGUAUGAAUGUGUUAAUGUUUCUAUACAGUCUAGACGCCAAUUUUUAUAUGUAGCUAUGUAUAUGUGCAGGGUAUAACAAAUGUUAUGUAGGAAGCAAAUGUAGAUAUAGUUCCAAGCAAAACAUUUUCCGAAAAAAUAUCCAUAGAUAUUUAAUAGAAUUUACAUAUUAUGUAUAUAGUGCGUCGAAAAAUCAAUUAUUAUUACUAUGUAAUGUUUAAUAAUAAUUUUUCCAUUUUAUCGAUGACGCCUAUAGUACUUUAAAUAAAUUAAAACUAACAAUUUUUCACAUUCAAUACAGAUAAUAAUCGCGAAUCCUACGUAUGUUUCUUAAACCCUGUUAUUCGGAUAGUUAAAUUCUGAGAUAAUAUUCUAAAUGGUUAUAAAAACCAUACAGUGACGUCGAUAUUUUGUAAUUUUUUUCUCGAAAACUAUAAAAUCGUCCAAUCAGGAACUAGGUCCGAAUAUUUAUUAUUGUGAUUCGCUAAUGUGACAGAUAGUCAGAUUUCAGAUAUCAAUCAAAUGACCAAUGACAUUAAUGUCCUAAUUCUUUUGCAGUAUUUUAUUAUCUCGAGAUUAUUGUAAAAUACCGGCGUCUUGUAUGCUUUUGAAUAAAUGCUUAAAUCAAAAUCGAGAAAGAACGGAGGUUUUUUUACUAUCGCAUUACACACGUGGGCAUUUUGAGCGAGUUUUAUAAAACCCAUCCCAAGCAACAAGUUUUUAUACUCGUGUAGACUAGGAUAGGACAUUAGCCUCGCUUGUAAGUGUACAUUCACUUGAUCUGAUACGAAUCUCAUUUUUAAUUAAACUUGCAGCUUUAUUUAUUAUCUAUUUCAAUUAUUUAAUGCCAAAAGCAAUCAAAGACAUAAAAUCAUCACAGUUUAAUUUUAUGACACAAUAUUGUAUAGUUUACGAGCAGUAUAUCAAGUAUAUCAUGAUCAUUGACUGAUUAAUGUUAAAAUCAUCAACGAAACUUAGGUAAAAUUUAUAUGAUUUUUUCGUACUUGUCAUAAUAAGGUUUUAUAUAUAAUAUAAGUGAAUUUUACCUAAUUUAAAAUGAACUUUCUGAAUUGCUAACUUUUUGUAAGUUGAGUGAUUAAUUGAGAUUAAUUUAUUGUUACUUAAAUAUAAUUUAAAUGUCGUAUUUAUAAUACUUUACCUGUAAAAGUUUAUGACUUUUAUAAAAAUCUACUAUCUAUACUAUAUGUGUUAGUCCAAAUCAAAAGGGACCUCAUGGCGCCCGGCACUUACGCCAUUAUUGCCGUUGUGUUGUAUUCGAACAACGGCAAUAUAGACCUAAGUGCCAGCCGCCAUAAGGUCCCUUUUGAUUUGGACGGCCACAUAUAAAACACAUACAAAUAUACACAUCGUUACCAAGCUUACCAUGUGAUGUAAACGAUUUCCUAUAACAUAGAUUCUUUAAAGUACUUACUAAAUAACCUGUUGACAUAAUCUACUUAAUAUUUGUAAAUUAUUUAUAAAUUCUCCCUUAUUUUACACUUUAUCGGAAUAGGUAAAUUUAAAGAAUAAAUGUGUUAAAUAUACACCUAAAAAUCUUAAAUGUAAAAUUAAACUACGGUUUCUAUUUUACAAAUGAAACCAGGUUUUAAUACCGGCAAGCUCGUUUCAGUAUUAUCUACUUAUUCCGAACACUCUGUCAUAAUCUUUAUAUUCCUCUCAAUCUUUGUUAUAUGGCAAUCGUCAUAGUCGACAGGCUAUGUAACGAGCUACGAAUCAUCGGAAUAGAGGUAGCAUAGAUGGUACAACUCCGGUGAACAACUGACCAACCGCUUCCGUCGCCAAGCCGUGUCUAUGGUAUAUACAUUUUUUACAAAAAAAAACAAUUAUAUUUUUCUAAUCUGUGUAAAUCAUGAAAUAUGAUGCAAUAUAUAAACAAUAGGAUGUUGCCAUUAUACCACUGCAAUAUAUGUAUACUUCAGCAAGAAAUGAACGGAACACUCACGUUUAUAAAAAUGUGUGUACCAUAGUCACCGCUCUUAGAAUAGAGGUCCUUAUUUACUAAUCGAAAUAAUGAAUAGAGGGAGGUUUUGUGGGAUCAGGGUAUGAAGUAAUAAACUUGUCAUGGUUGUCCGAUUAUUUUUGAGGAUUUCAUUAUAAAAAUUGUAUUUAGCCGAUAAUUAAUUUAAUGAUAACAUUAUGAUACAAUUUCUUGAUUUGGAAAUACAAUUCAUUGAAUUUUUGGAAGUAAUCGAUCGCAAAGAAAGAAAAGUUAGAUAAUUUUAUGCAAUUAAAUUAGAUAGUUUUAUGAAAAAAGAACAACGACCCUGUCUCUUACUCGGAUGUUGUCUGUAUAAAGGUGCGUUGUAUAGUAUAGUAGAAUAGAUGCAUUUUCGGUUAAUAAAUUUGGACCAAAUAAAUUAUGUAAUAAGAACGACUUUGGAUUGCACUUUUUGGCAUAACACAUAACUGUUGAUAUAAAUGUGUAUAGAAUAUUUGCAAUGUAUAUUUUACAUUAGAAUUUUUAUUUUUGAAUUUAUAAUAAGCGAUUUCACGUUGUAAAUCAAUCGGUAAUUUAUUUUGUAUUUAUUGUUUUUUUAUUCUUUAUUUGUAUGAUUCGAUUUUUUUUUGUUGUGAAAGGCCUAACUCAAAGAAUAAUUCUCGUCGAGGCCUAAUUUUUUAACGUCUUCUAUUUUGAUGGUGGUAUUUUUUGGUUUGACGAUGCGAGAAUAAACGUGUAUUACCGAAA